ACAAUCAUGAAUUAAGUAUUGAUGAAUUUUCAUUCAAAUAGUAGAUUCCGAUAUAAAAAGCACAUGAAGAAAGUAUAGAAAUGACAAAAAAAAUUAGUUAAAUGAUGAACUGAGUCAUGUGAUCAGUUGCUUCAAAAUGUUUUGACAUUUCAAAUGGCAACACUGUAUUAUGAGUCGUGUUUAUGGAAUUCGUGUGUUUCUCGUGUCCAUUUGAUAAUUCAAUAUAUUUUUAAAUUACUUUAAAAUGAGUUUUCCAAACUCAUAGUGGAACCAAAACCCCCAAAGGGCUAUAAUACGUCAAUUUCAGCUAUGGAAAAAUUGAACUAUUUAUUUUAGUAUCAAAUCAAUAUUGAUAUAAAAUACUUCAAAGAAUGCCUUUCAAGUUUCACUUGAAAAAGAGUAGGCAGUACAAUGUUUUGUCCAAAAAUCAGUAUAUGAUAUGCAUUGAAUUGCUUGACUCGACUACAAUAGAAUGUACAUUAAAUGUAAACAGUCUUGGCCAAGAGUGCUUGGAAAAUGUUACUUCCAGAGUUGCUCUUGGCCAACCAGAAUAUUUUAGUUUAUGUUAUGUUUGUCGUCAUGGCACACCAUCACCAAGAUGGGUAGAUUUAGAUAAACCAUUAAAAAAACAACUGGAAAAAGAUUCAGAAGGCUUCAAUCUGUAUCUACGAGUCAUAUUUUAUAUCACAGAUGUAAAUUAUAUUCAAGACGAUAUGACAAGGUAUCAUUAUUAUUUACAAUUAAAAAGUGAUAUCUUGGAAGAUAAAAUACGCUGCAAUGCACAAGUUGCUGUACUUUUAGCUGCAUACUCCAUGCAGGCUGAGUUUGGUAUUUAUGACGAAACAAGGCAUCGACUUGAAUUCCUUCAGCAAAACACAUUUUUCCCAAAAUCCAUCAGUCAAGCUGAAGCAAAUGGUCAAGUAGGGCUUUUAAACAGUUCUCUCUGUCAAUAUAAAAUGUUAGGUGGAAUGACACAAAUAGCUGCAGAAGAAUGCUACAUAACAAUGGUUAUGCAAUUGGAAGGAUAUGGACAUGAAACAUUUUCAGCUAAGGAUGAAAGUAGUACAGAAGUUAUACUUGGCAUAUCUAUUAAUGGAAUCAUGGUUUGUUGGCCAAGUACACAAGUAACACAGUUUUACAGAUGGAAUGAUAUUAGCAAUGUUAUAAACCACAAGAAAACUUUUUGCAUUGAAUGCCAAACUGAAAUGAAAUAUUCCAAAGAGUUUACGUUUCCUGAAUCACGCACUGCAAAGUACAUGUGGAGAUUGUGCAUAGCUCAGCAUACAUUUUUUAUGAAAUUACAACAGACUCCCGUUCCAGAACAUCGUCAAGAGCCAACUAAUAAUUAUAUGGAGAGUGAAACUAAUGAUUCAAGUGAACGAAGUCAAGGUUUUCCGAGUGGAGUAGAUGAUUAUCCUACCCAAUGGACUAGUUAUAAUGAUUUAUCAACAUUACCAGGUCAAGCUGUUUCAACUGUAUCUGCAUCAACCACAGAUAUCAGUGACAGUUUACGUGCCUUAUUACCUUCCUACAGACCAGCACCAGAUUAUGACACAGCUGUGCAAAUGAAAUAUAAUUCUCCACCAGUUAUUAAUAAUAAUCCACCAGUCAUCAAUAGCAAUCCUUCAAUUGUCAACAAUAACUCACCAAUCAUUAAUAACAAUUUGUCAGAUUCUCAGCCUUUCUAUGCCAAUGCUUCUACGAUUAUGGAAGCAGAAGCAAGCCUUAUGAAUAAUCCAUCAACUUCUAAUGGAUAUUAUCAAAAUGAAAAUUAAUUUAAGACUGAAAAUUAAUAUCGGUCACAGAAAUUAAAUUAUUGUAUUAGUAA